CAACUCUUCCCCUCUCGUGACUGUGUUUACCGGCAGGAUUCUGGAAAGGGGCCAGAUUGCAUCAGACAGGGCCUGAUGGGCAGGAGCCAGACUGUGGUCUGAGGAGGAGACACGGCCUUAUAAGCGGAGGGAGUGGACUGGGAGUGGAGAGGCACGGGCCCAGGAAAGCAGAGACAGACAAAGCAUCAGGAGAAGAGAGGCCGGGAGGACAAGCCAGGCAUGAUGGCCAGCUUCCCGCCAGCAGCCAGCGCCCCCCAGCAGCCCCCAGCCCCAGAGGACGAGGACCCCAGCCUGGAUGAAUCUGACCUCUACAGCCUGGCCCAUUCCUACCUGGGAGGCAGAGGCCGGAAAGGUCGCUCCAAGAGAGAAGCUGCUGCCAACACCAACCGCCCCAGCCCUGGCGGGCACGAAAGGAAGCUGGUGACCAAGCUGCAGAAUUCAGAAAGGAAGAAGCGAGGGGCCAGGUGCUGAGACAGAGCUGGAGAUGAGGCCAGACCACGGACACUACACCCAGCAAUGGAGACGGGACUGUGGAGGAAGGAGGACCCAGGACAGGAUCCAGGCCGGCUUGCCACACCCCCCACCCCUAGGACUUACCCCACUGACUGAGUCUCUGAGGGGCUACCAGGAAAGCACCUCCAACCCCAGCAAAAGUACAAGAUGGCGAGUGAGAGGCAGGGAAUGGAGGGGCAGAGCCAGGAAGAUACUCCUGGAAAAGAAAGCUACAGAAGAAACUGGGGCUCCUCCAGGGUGGCAGCAACAAUAAAUAGAUGAGCACAGCAACC